CUUCUAGAACUUGCCUUGUUUGUGGAUUAUUAUUAAGAAUCAGUGAAUGAAAUUGUGCAAAACCCAAACCAUACCCUUUAGGUUUGCAGAACAUUUGGGUGGUUAUAUGCCUCGUGUUGUGCUCCAGUGUCCUUUGCCACAAAUGAAGGAGUUGUUAGCUCAGGCGUCUUCUCUAGGACAAAAUGGUGCUUUUAAGGAUAUGCUUGAGAUGGACUAUUGAGCACAUUUUAUCCCUUAUUGGAAACCUAAUCUUUUGGACUUUGUAUAUAUGUCCCCCUAAUCUAGGGAUUUACCUUUGAUUUUGUUAUAUGCUGUUUCUUGACCAUUAAGACUAUGAAGCAUUCUGUUUGUGUGGAAUUUAUGGUCUCUGAUUUUGGUAUGACUUUUUCUGACUUGGAAAAGAUCUAAAGUUUGAUUUGGGGUUCAUGACCAUGAAAAAGAUUUGAAAUAUUGAUUGAUUGAUUCUGCACUGCUAUGGCCAUAUGAUGGUUGUCAUAUGAUGGGUAUUAGUUGUCUUAGAUUGUGUGAAGCCAUUCACCAGUCUAAAUGAUUCUAGAUUUGAGUUUUGGGGACAAAACUCCUUUUUAGGAGGGGUGGAUGUGAUACCCCAAAAUUUCUAGAGCAUCAAGUGAGAGUUAGGGACUUAAUUGUGAAGAAAUACUAUUAAUGAACUUAAUGGUAAAUU